GGUGUACCUCAGUUACCAUGUGCCAAAGCAUUGUAUAACUACGAGGGAAAAGAACCUGGAGAUCUUAAAUUCAGUAAAGGAGACAUCAUCAUUUUGCGUCGACAGGUGGAUGAAAAUUGGUAUCACGGAGAAGUCAAUGGCAUCCAUGGCUUUUUUCCUACCAAUUUUGUUCAGAUUAUUAAACCUUUACCUCAACCUCCGCCUCAGUGCAAAGCACUUUAUGACUUUGAAGUAAAAGACAAGGAAGCAGAUAAAGACUGUUUACCAUUUGCAAAGGAUGAUGUUCUGACUGUAAUUCGCCGCGUGGAUGAAAACUGGGCAGAAGGAAUGCUGGCUGACAAGAUAGGAAUAUUUCCAAUAUCAUAUGUUGAGUUUAACACAGCAGCCAAACAGCUGAUAGAAUUGGAUAAGCCUUCAGGUUCUGCUGUUGACUCUGGAGAAGGUACCUCUGGGGCAGCGCACAACAAUUCAACCCAAAAGCACACCGAUACUAAGAAAAACACCAAAAAACGGCACUCUUUUACCUCCCUCACUAUGUCCAACAAGUCUUCACAGUCUUCUCAGAAUCGCCACUCAAUGGAGAUUAGUCCUCCUGUCCUCAUCAGCUCCAGCAACCCAACCGCAGCAGCCCGCAUAAGCGAGCUGACUGGACUUUCCUGUAGUGCCCCUUCUCAGGUUCAUAUCGGUACUACAGGGCUAAUUGUGACUCCACCCCCUAGCAGCCCAGUCACAACAGGGCCUUCAUUUACCUUCCCAUCAGAAGUUACCUACCAAGCUGCUCUUGGUAAUAUGAAUCCCCCGCUUCCGCCACCACCUCUCUUGUCUCCUGCAAUCAUUGCAUCGGCCUCUUCUGGACCUCAGUCUGCAGGUGUAAUACAAAGGCCUACGUCAGGAUCAACCGACCAAGUGGCCCAUUUACGACCACAAACUCGUCCAAGUGUGUAUAUUGCUAUAUACCCUUACACUCCUCGAAAAGAAGAUGAACUGGAACUGCGGAAGGGAGAAAUGUUCUUAGUGUUUGAGCGCUGUCAAGAUGGCUGGUUCAAGGGAACUUCCAUGCAUACAAGCAAGAUUGGUGUUUUUCCUGGAAAUUAUGUGGCUCCAGUUACAAGGACAGUGACAAGCGCAUCACAAACAAAAGUUCCCAUGUCUACCGCUGGCCAAACAGGGCGAGUGGUAACUAUGGUCAGCCCUUCCACUGCUAGCGGAACAUCUCAGAAGCUCCAGGGGAACGGUGUGGCAGUGAACUCCAGCACAGUACCCACAGCUGUGGUCUCUGCAGCGCAUAUCCAAACUAGUCCGCAAACCAAGGUCCUUAUGCACGUGACAGGACAAAUGACAGUCAACCAGGCUCGCAAUGCAGUUAGAACAGUUGCUGCACACAGUCAAGAAAGACCUACGGCAGCAGUAACGCCCAUACAAGCACAGAGUCCAACAUGCCUUAUUCCUGCAGCUGUGAUCAUUCCCCACCACUCUGUUGCUUCCCAGCAGCUCCAGCCCCAGCUUCCAAAUACUGCUGCUUACGUCACGGCUGUGAAUGUGAACCGUUCAACCAUCCCGCUGGCAUGUGCAGCAGCUUCUUUGAAUUCUCCCAACGUUGCUGCUUCAUCUUUGGAGGGAGAUGUUAGCGGAAGAACUGUAAACACUCACCCUGGAGCUCCUGCAUCUCUGGAGAGUGCUUUAGCAGCUGGUGGAAAUGCUGCUGCCACUAAAGCAGACAAGGACAGCAAGAAAGAAAAAAAAGGUUUGCUGAAACUGCUUUCUGGAGCAUCCACUAAACGCAAGCCCCGAUUGUCACCUCCAGCAUCACCAACACUGGAGGCUGAGCAAGCAGCCGCAGAGUUAGCCCUGCAAGGUGCAGUCGGGCCAGAGCUUCCGUCAGCAGGCGGUCACAGCAAAGCUGGGUCCUGUCCCACCGACAGUGAAGUCUCUGGGCUGGCACAGGAGACGAUGCAUCGGAAAACAAGUUCCCUGGAUUCCUCUAUUCCAAUAGCACCGCCACCUCGGCAGCCUUGCUCAUCCCUGGGUCCGGUCCUGAAUGAGUCCAGGCCUCUUGUCUGUGAAAGGUACAGAGUUGUGGUAUCAUAUCCUCCUCAGAGUGAAGCAGAACUUGAACUCAAGGAAGGUGACAUUGUUUUUGUACACAAAAAACGUGAGGAUGGCUGGUUCAAAGGCACUCUGCAACGAAACGGAAAAACUGGCCUUUUCCCCGGCAGCUUUGUAGAGAGCAUUUGAGAAGAUUCUUUCCAAGAGCUUCAAAUCAUACUGUACUGUCAAAUAGCACAAAUAUUUUACCAGAAAAAGCACAGUCAUGAAAUAUUUUCAAAUGACUGUAAUGUAAACAAAAAAUCUACAUAUUUUUACAGUGUCUAUAGCACAAUUACACCAGCGAACAAAGAAGAUGAAGGCAUCUGCUGGUUUUAUCACUUUGGAUUCUUAAGUGUGAUGUGUGCCUUGUACUGUCUUGAUUUGUUAUAUAGAGGAACUUU